AUGGAUCAAAACCAAGAAGCGGAAGCGGACUACUAUGCGUUGAAAAAAUGGGAGCUGGGGUUUUUGAGAAGAGAAUGCGUCAAUCUUGGACUAGAAGCGUUCUACGACAAGUACAUGGCUCGAGUACAGCGAAGCUACCUCUCGAUAUUCGUUGUUCUGCAUACAUUCGUCAGUGUCGCGCAUGUGGUGAUAAUAGUCACCGGAGACCAACAUCCUCGUGCUGCCAUACAUCCUGAUCUGAUUUGCUACACAUUCGGAAGUUUGAUUGUUUGGAUUUCUUUGUUCGCUGCCUUCAAGGAAGAUUUGAUCAAGGCUUAUCCGUGGGUUCCGUACGUGACGUCUUGUGCCGCCGUUUUCACACUUAUCAUAACAGAUUUAAUGAUUCCACUCUACCAUGCUGUUGUGAGUUUCAUUCAUCCCCCACUAAGGCCAUCCUACGCAAGCCACAUAAUAUUUGCAAUCUACAUGUUUCUUCCACUGAGUGAAAAUUUGCACGGCAUUAUUUUAGGCACUGCAACUAGCUUUUGCUAUCUGAUUAUCAUGAUCCUAGUUUCCUACCGUUUGGAAACGGACAUGGCUGUAAAAGUUGUGACCGAACUGGUCUAUUUCGUUUGUUUGAAUCUGUUCGGUCUGUACUUUCGACUGAUCAACGAAGCCGCGAUCCGGCGAACCUUCCUCGAUCGACGGGAGCUCGUCGAAGGAAAUCUUCUGUUGAAAUUUGCCCGGAACCAAGAGAAAGAACUUUUACUUAGUAUACUGCCGGAGCAUACGGCGGAACUCAUGGAAAAGGAUAUUCGAGUUAUGAUAGAGAAAAUGCAUCGUGAUCGGAAGAAUACGAUCAAUACGCAAAAUUUUUUCAGAACUGGAACACAGUGGAGAUCCAUAAACAAAUUAUAUGUACAGAAACAUACCAACGUAACUAUCCUUUAUGCUGAUGUAGUUAAUUACACCCACAUCACAACUCAACUACCGGUGCGAACGCUCGUAGAUGUUCUGCAUGAAUUGUUCGUAAAAUUUGAUGAAGCAGCCAAGGAAUACAAUGUCCUGAGAAUCAAGUUCUUGGGAGAUUGUUACUACUGUGUUUCCGGAGUACCGGUUAAAAACAAAUAUCACGCGAAAAGUUGCGUGGACUUGGGUCUUCGUAUGAUCAAAGAUAUUCGCGACGUUCGUAUGUCACGAGAUUUGAACAUUGACAUGAGGAUCGGAAUCCAUUCGGGAAGCAUAAUCUCGGGAGUGAUUGGUGCCUGCAAAUGGCAGUACGACAUCUGGUCUCGGGAUGUGAUUAUCGCGAACAAAUUAGAAUCCACCGGUGAAUCUGGAAAAGUGCACGUUACUAUGCAAACUUUGGAGUUGUUGGAUGGAGAGUACAUCUACGAGGAAGGAACGGAGAAAGCCAAAACGGAUCCGAUACUGAACAAGCACAACAUACAAACUUUUCUCAUUGUUCCACAGUUCUACGAUGACAGUAAUUACUACAUGAUGCAAGAUUCAACGACCAGCAGCCGGCUGUCGGUGGGAGUGAAGAGGAAAACAGUCCAAAACAAGAAAGAACGAAAUCUCAUCAGCCGCAAUUUCAUGCAAAAUUCGAUGGAACAGUUCCGGGACAUCAUGAAGCAAACCAACGUCGAAAUGGCACAGGAGCUGGAUCGAAUGCCGAUCGGUAAAUUUCAAUUCAACAAAAUCUUUUCAACCUCCCAAUCCUCACCGCAACAAACGAGUGUCGGAACGACUCAUUACUCCAGCCGAUACAGCAGUGGUGAUGAUUCCAAUCGUUUGGACAAUAUUUCCCCAUUUUUUAUGUGUUUUCAGGAAAAACGUUGGGAGUGGUCCUACAUGAAAGAGCCAGAUUUUAUGCUGAAAUACAGCGUUCUGAUGAGCUUUAUCGUUUUCAUAAGCAUUUUCAUUAUUCAAGUACUGAAUAAUGCAUUCGGAUUCUACUUUUGGUUAAUUAUGCUAACUUCCGGUGCCGUACUGCUGAGCUUCAUUCCGAUAACGUGGUUUAAAAAACUGUGGGAUGUUUAUACGCCAUAUUCAUCGGAAGAUUUACUGCGAGUGCGCAAACCACAAUCGGCCAUUUUGCGGCGGCUUUACGAGUUUUCCAACGGUGUAAUGGAGAACUUCCCGCUGCGGACUAUCAUAUACCUGAUCACGAUCAUCAUACUGGUCACCUGUUCGCUGAUCUAUCUGAUAGAAUGCCAGCUUGUACCGGAGUUCUCUAGUGCGGAACAGAGUGGAGCUAUUCUUUACAAUCAAAUCGUUGAAGAGAAACAAAAAUGUACAAAUUCUUGGGCCGUUACCCAGUGCCUCACGCUGGCAAUCGGAAUGACGUUUCUGUUCCUACGAAUCCACUACAUUCUGAAGGUCGGCUGUGGGAUUGCGAUCUUGCUCUUCUACUCGUGGACCGUUUUCUACCGGUUGCACUCGGCGUACGACAACAGUGCCACGAUGAAUCCGGGCAUGAAUCCCAAGGUGGCGCACCUGAUGCUGAUCGUGUUCACCGUUAUCAUAUUUCACUGGAUCGAUCGUCAAUCCGAGUAUAUUGCACGGGUGGAUUAUAAUUGGAAACGACAACUGUUAAAACAAAAGGAGGAAGCUGAAGUUACCAAGCAAACCAAUAAAAUUCUUGUGGAAAAUAUUUUACCUACUCAUGUUGCCGAAAUUUAUAUCAAUCGACAGUUGAAAAAUGAAUUUUACAACGAAGAGUACAAAAACGUUGCGGUCAUGUUUGCAACAAUUACAAAUAUGGAAAUUAAUGGCGAUAUUUCGGCGGAAAACGAGAAAAGUGCUUUGAAGGUGCUGAACGAAAUAAUUUGUGAUUUCGAUGAAAAGCUGCAAUACUUCGAUGGUUACCUGAAGGUGGAAAAGAUUAAAGUGGCCGGGUGGACUUACAUGGCAGCUUGCGGCCUGGAUCCGGGACGUUGCGAUUCGUCCUCUUCAUUGGGGCCAUUCUGUUCAGUGUCGGGAAUCACCCGGACUUCGUUGAUGACAAACGGUAGAAGAAGUUUGAAUGCUAGAGCGUCGGAAAUCACCACAAACCAACCGUCGGAGCGGAACUCCAACAGUAGGCAAAGUAAUAACGUAACGAUUGUGAUGGCUGAAUUUGCCCUGGAGCUGAUGCGGGUGUUGCGGGAUUUUAGUAAUGAAAAUUUUAAGCAGUCCAAUCCGGGGCGGCUUCGGGUGGGUAUUUCCCACGGGAAGGUUAUGGCCGGGGUCGUGGGUUCGAGCAAACCGCUGUACGAUAUCUGGGGGAAUGCCGUCAACAUGGCUUCGCGAAUGGAUUCCACCGGAAUACCGGGCAAAAUCCAGGUGACCAAGGAAAGUGCCGAAGUGUUGGAGAGCUACGGGUUUCAGUGUGAAUAUCGGGGGAAAAUUUUCGUUAAAGGAAGGGGCAAAAUACCGACGUACUUUGUGAACGUUAAUGAGAAUUAUGAGUUUAUUAAAAAUUAUUCGAUAGAUCUCUCGACGAGGUUAUGA